CACUCACUUCCUGUCCGCGGAAGACUCAGGAUAUCGGCGCGGUUGCUGGUCUAAAGGGUCGCGGGUACGUGGUGAGAGCCUGCCAGGCGGGCUGCGGUCGCGGCUCUUGGCUGUCUACGGGGUCGGGCUGUGGUGCGGCUGUGGGACAAGGCCCUGCGGGUGGCGACUCGGACGGCCGCGCCUCUGUAGGCUCAGUCUUUGGGGAGGGAGUGUGAAGAUGCUUAAAGAGCGUCCUGGGAUGGCGGAAGAUCCUCAGCAUCAAAUGAGUGUUCCUGUGGUGAAACUGGAAAAAGAGUUGCUGUGGGGCAGGGGCCAGGAAGAUUCUAGUCCUGAGACUUUCCGUCUGAGGUUUCGACAGUUCCGUUACCAGGAAGCAGCAGGUCCCCAGGAAGCCCUCAGGGAGCUCCAAGAGCUGUGUCGUCGGUGGCUGCGGCCUGAGUUGCACACCAAGGAGCAGAUCCUGGAGCUGCUAGUGCUGGAGCAGUUCCUCACCAUCCUGCCCCGGGAAUUCUAUGCCUGGAUUCGAGAACACAGCCCGGAAAGCGGCAAGGCCCUGGUGGCUAUGGUGGAGGACUUGACUGACAACAUGCUGGAUACCAAGGCGGUUCCAUGCCAUAUGCAGGGAGAGCAGCAGGAGACAGCCAUUGGCAGAGGUACUUGGGAGCCAAAUGUCCACCUGGGGCCAGUGGAUAUCAAGCCUGAGUGGGGGAUGCCCCAUGAGGAAGGAGUUCAAGGCUUAGACCAGAGCACCAAGGAGCAACUGAGUCAGAACCCUGGAGAUGGGACGCAGGCCUUCCAGGAGCAGGCACUGUCGAUUCUUCAGGCUGGUCCCAGCCUCCCUGCUGUGGGCACCAGAGACCAAGAGAUGGCAGCUGGGUUCCUUGCAUCAGGAUCACAGGGAUUGACACCCUUUAAAGAUAUGGCCUUGACCUUCCCUGAAGAGGAGUGGAGACAUGUGACUCCAGCUCAGAUUGACUGUUUUGGGGAGUAUGUGGAGCCUCAGGUCUGCGCGGUCUCUCCAGGUGUUGGGAACAAGGAAAAGGAGAUAAAAUCACAGCAGGAAGACCUCAAAGGGGCACUUGCUGGGCUGACCUCAGAGAGGUUUGAAGAAACGGCUGUCCAGGGUCCUGUCCUGGGACAAGCUUGUGAACAGGAGCCCAGGGGCUCUGGGAGUGGCCUGCCAGUGCUUCCUGCUUCCCAGCACAGCAUCCCCCUUCCUGAUGACCUCAAAACCCAAGACUCCUUCUGGAAGCCUUUUCAAUGCCCUGAGUGUGGCAAAGGCUUCAGCCGGAGCUCCAAUCUUGUCAGACACCAGCGAACCCAUGAGGAGGAGAAGUCCUAUGGCUGCGUGGAGUGUGGAAAGGGCUUCACCCUGAGGGAGUACCUCAUGAAGCAUCAGAGGACCCACCUGGGAAAGAGGCCCUUCGUGUGCAAUGAGUGUUGGAAGACCUUUAGCCAGAGACAUCACUUGGAGGUCCACCAGCGGAGCCACACUGGGGAGAAGCCCUACAAGUGCGGGGACUGCUGGAAGAGCUUUAGCCGCAGGCAGCACCUGCAGGUGCAUCGGAGGACGCACACUGGUGAGAAGCCCUACACAUGUGAGUGCGGCAAGAGCUUCAGCAGGAACGCCAACCUGGCCGUGCACCGGCGUACUCACACUGGUGAGAAGCCAUAUGGGUGCCAAGUGUGUGGGAAGCGCUUCAGCAAAGGGGAGAGGCUGGUCCGUCACCAGAGGAUCCACACGGGUGAGAAGCCUUACCACUGCCUGGCCUGCGGGCGGAGCUUCAACCAGAGGUCCAUCCUCAACCGGCAUCAGAAGACCCAGCAUCGCCAGGAGCCCCCAGUGCAGUGAGGGUGCUAUGUGGGGGACAGCCCAUCACAAAGGUGUCUUGCAUCUUAGGGAAGUGCUGGGGGGAUGUACAAUGAUGACUAUGGAAAGGCGCUCUGGCCCACUUUCUUUCCAUGUACUACCAAACACAAGAAGAGAGCAAGACCUGUUUUAUCCAGGGCUUUCAGAGGGCACAGAUGCCCGUGCCUUCUGUCCAAGCAGUGGACAGAUUUCUUUACCAUCUUAGGGAAACAGUAUCCUGAGCUUCAGGUCAGGUUGGGGGGUUUUCACGGUCAGUGGGGUGUUCAGAUCUACCUCUUGAACAAGUCUAGUAGUAAGGGCAGAAUUUUGUCACAAGUUGGCAGCUCCAAAGCUUGUUUUUGUGAGGGUUCCAUCCUUCUUGCAAGAUCAUUAGCUCAGACUCUCCCUUCACUACCCCACAUCCUCCUGUGCUCCUGGCACUGAAAAUACCAUGGUGAAUGAGACAGAUGAGACCUUGUUGUCAUGGAGCUUAGGCUGUAGUAGUGGGAACCUCAGACUUGGGGCAGUCAGUAACCCCAGAUAUUUCAGAGUGUGUUUAUGUUGUGGUAAGUGCCCCCAGAAAAAGUCUUAUGUGCUAUCAUUCUGCCAGUCACUCCCAUGCUGGGUCUUACCUGUACACUCUGUCUUACAUGGGAUCAUCUGUCAUGCAGCUUUGUUUAUUUUGCUUUAUUUGUAGCCUCCUUUAUUUCUGACUGUACCAUUCUACCCUCAUAUGUAAUAUUUCCCCACACCAUUAUUCUUUGUACUAUAACAACUGUCAACACAUCAGCCAUUAGGAAAUUAAUAUUUUGCUAUCAAUCACUGAAUAAACAUGAGAAUAUUUUUAAACAAAGCUUCAAUUCUGUACAAAGGUGUGAUUAAAGAGCCUAAAAAAUGAA